AUGGCGCGGCGGCUCCAGGACGAGCUGGCCGCCUUCUUCUUUGAGUACGACACCCCCCGAAUGGUGCUUGUGCGCAACAAGAAGGUGGGCGUCGUCUUCCGCCUGAUCCAGCUCGUGGUUCUGGUCUACGUCAUUGGGUGGGUGUUCGUCUAUGAGAAGGGCUACCAGACCUCGAGUGGCCUCAUCAGCAGCGUGUCUGUGAAACUCAAGGGCCUGGCUGUGACGAAGCUCCCAAGCCUGGGCCCCCAGGUCUGGGAUGUGGCUGACUACGUCUUCCCGGCCCAGGGGGACAGCUCCUUUGUGGUCAUGACCAAUUUUAUCGCGACCCCCCGGCAGGCCAAAGGCCACUGUGCAGAGAACCCGGAAGGGGGCACAUGCACGAAUAAUAGUGGCUGCACCCCGGGAAAGGCAGAAAGGAAGGCCCAAGGCAUCCGCACAGGCAAGUGUGUGGCCUUCAACGACAUCGUGCAUACGUGUGAGAUCUUUGGCUGGUGCCCCGUGGAGGUGGAUGACAACAUCCCAUGCCCUGCCCUUCUCCGAGAGGCCGAGAACUUCACUCUCUUCAUCAAGAACAGCAUCAGCUUUCCACGCUUCAAGGUCACCAGGCGCAACCUGGUGGAGGAGGUAGAUGCCGCCUACAUGAAGACCUGCCUCUAUCACAAGACCUUGCACCCACUGUGCCCAGUUUUCAAGCUCGGCUAUGUGGUACAAGAGUCAGGCCAGAAUUUUAGCACCUUGGCCGAGAAGGGCGGGGUGGUAGGCAUCACCAUCGACUGGCACUGUGACCUGGACUGGCAUGUGCGACACUGCAAACCCGUCUAUGAGUUCCACGGGCUGUAUGAAGAGAAAAACCUGUCUCAAGGCUUCAACUUCAGGUUUGCCAGGCACUUCGUGGAGAAUGGGACCAACUACCGGCACCUCUUCAAGGUGUUUGGGAUUCGCUUUGACAUCCUCGUGGACGGCAAGGCUGGCAAGUUUGACAUCAUCCCCACCAUGACCACCAUUGGCUCUGGGAUUGGCAUCUUUGGGGUGGCGACGGUUCUCUGUGACCUGCUGCUGCUCCACAUCCUGCCCAGGAGGCACUACUACAAGCAGAAGAAGUUCAAGUACGCCGAGGACAUGGGGCCAGGGACGGGGAAGCACGACCCUGCGGCCACCAGCUCCACCCUGGUCCUGCAGGAGAACAUGAAGACAUCCUGACCUCCGCCCCCCACUCCUACUGGACACAGUAGGCGGGGAGCCUGGUGGGGUCCCAGCCAGGGCGGAGGGGUCUCCCCAGGAGCGCCCCCACCCUCUCAGCCAGGCAGACACCAGGUUGCUGGAAGCUCAGGGUGGACUCUGGGAGAGACCUGCACAAUUCUGGGCUCUGGCUCCAACUCUGCAGCCCCCAAGGGAGCCUCACCCCAGCCUCACUCACUCCUGGCCCGGGGUUUUAUGCUUCUCCCUCUGGGCCCUUGUCCAUCCAUCCUACUCCCUCAUGUCUCCAGACCUCCGCUCUCCCAUAUGGCAGCCACUAGCCAUCAGUGACUAUUUAAAUUAAUUAAGAUUGAAUAAAAUUAAAACUUCAGUUCCUCAAAUAGCCACAUUACAACUGCUGAAUACACACAUAUGGCUGUGGUUGCCCUAUUGAACCACAUGGAACAUUUCCAGCAUCGCCGAAAGUUCUGUUGGAGCUCUGCUUGAACCCUGUUUCUUACUGGCCCCAGAUUUCCCUGGGAUGCUUAUCAACAGUGCUGGCACCUGGGAAUUCCCUGGCAGUCCAGUGUUUAGGACUCUGCGCUUUCAUUGCCAAGGGACCUGGGUUCGAUCCCUGGUCGGGGAACUAGGAUCCCACAACCUGCAAGGCCAAAGGAAAAGAAAAAAAGAAAAGCAGUGCCAGCAACUGGGUGCACCCCAGACCUCCUGAACCAGAAACUCCACGUCUGGUCACAUGGUCUGCAAGCAUAGCAAACUCUUCAGGUCGUUUUCAGGACCUAAGUUUUAGAACCACUCCUGAUCAGGUAUCAGACUUAGCUGGGGCCGGCAUUCCCUGGCAGGUGCGGGCCUUGAGCAGGUGUGUGGUGUGCUCACAAGCCACACGGUGUCUCAUGCACUCCCCCACCACGUGCACACUCACCCGCACGCACAGCCCCCCUCCCAUCCACAUUGUGUGUUUGAACAGCUUGGGCCCUGCAAACACAACCAUCUGAACACACCUACACCCCCAGGCACAGACUCAUGGUGCAUGCCACCCCGCCUCUGUGGGGAUGUGCUUCUCCUCAAGUGUGUCAGGCCAGGACAGCCCCUUCUAGUGAUGAAUCCUUACUCAGCUACCUCUGGUCAGGGUGGGAGCCUCAGCCGAAUCCUGGGCUCUCUGCCUGUGAGCCAGCCCCAGCUCCCGAGGCCUGCCCGGCUCUGUCUGAACACAAGGUCUGGGAAAUCAAGGGCUGGAGUAUAAUAAAAGGAUUGGUGAAUGAGUUCAAACCUCUGCCUUCUGCCCUUUCUUCCCAGCCCUCUCUGAAACCCAGUGUCCACAGCUAUGAAACACGGGGCUAAGCUGAGCGAUCUUUGAGAUCCUUCUGGGUCUCUCCGUGGGAGGUGGUGAGCUGACCCUUAUGCAGAGGCAGUGCUGGGCGUCAGCUCACCUCUAUCCACGGGUCGCUGUCCUGGCACAGCCCCGAUCAUUGGAGCUCUUCCCAAUCCUCCACAUGCCCCUCCCCCUGCUUUGAAAGGCCUGGCACUGGGACAAGCAGAGACCCCAGGAGUGGCCUCAUGAAAGCAGGGGUGAGGAAGGGGCUGGCUGUCCCAGGAGGGAGAUCGGAUGGAAUCCCAAAGAGGGGAGGGAGGUCUUGACUGGAGACAGUGUGGAAGGAUCCUCCAGGGACCCUGCUGUGGGCAUGACCCUCCGGCCAAGCAGGGUCUCUGGGCACCCGCAUCACCAUGCUCUGUCUAGACCAGUGUUGUCCAACACCAGUGAUGGAACAUUCUCUAUCUGUGUUGUCCAAUGUAGUAUUCACAUGUGGACGUUAAGUAUUUAAAAUGUGGCUCAUGCAACCAAGGAACUGAAUUUUUUAUUUUAUUCAUUUAAAUUUAACUCGCCAGGUGUGGCUGGCUAGUGGCUACCAUAUUGAACAUCACAAGCUAGCCCCUCCCCUCUCCCUCAGGCCCUUGGCCUCCUGCCCUCUUCCCCGGCCAAGAGCCAUCCCUCGGAUUUUACAAGACAGGAACUCCCUCUUCUUCCCUCCCUUCCUUCUCCAGAUCUACCUGCUUGUGCACCUCCUGUCCCCUUCCCUCCCGAGUGAGCAGAGGAUUGGAAAUCCUUGGAAAUCACACCUCACCCAGCCUGGAGGCCGCCUCUCCUCUCUCCCGCUCCUCUUCUGCCUCCUCGCAGCCCACAUUUCCCUGCUGCUCUGUCUGCUCUCCGUUCACUGCCACCACCAUUCCAGAAAGACCAGUCUACACUUCCCUCUGGGUCCCACCCUCUACAAUUGGCCUCCAGCCCCUACCCCCACUUCUAGGUGCCCUUGCCAAGGUUACCAGUGGCAUCCUUGUUGCCAAAUCCAAGCAGACACUUCAGCCCAUGUCCUGCUCGGCCUGUCAGCCUCUGACACUGUUGGGUGAGCCCUCCUUUGUUGAACGAUUUCCUUCCAGCAGCUCCUAGGACCCACCCUCUCCAGAUUUUCCAGCCAGCCUGGGGUGAAGGGAUAAGAUAGUUUUCAAUUGCAGCUCUGUCACUGUGUGUCCUUGGGCAAGUUGCUUAACUCUCCAAGCCUCCUCUGUGAGUCAGGGAUAAUAAUAGCCUCUACUCAGGUUGGGGUAAGAUAAGAUACGUAAAGUACCUAGCACAGAGCCUGGCACACCGUAGUGCUCUGCCCCUGCCUCUGUCCUCUCUUUCAAUGGCGGAGUCAGCUAGCUGUCCCCAGGUUCUUGGCUGGGUAUGUGGCUGCCUAGAAUGGAAGCUGCAUUUCCCAGCCUCCUCUUGCCUCUGGGUCUGGUCAUGUGACUAAGUUAUAGCUAAUCAGAUGUAUGUGGAAGUGUCAUGUGAUGCCUUCUGGGAACUUUCCUUAAAAGAGAGCUGGUGCAGAUCCUUUGCCCUCUUCUUCUUCAUCCUUGUCUCCAUCCCACUGCCUGGAAUGUGUAUGUGAUGGUUGGAGCUCUAGCCACCAUCCUGAAUCACGAGAACAAGAGUCAA